AUGGAUCAAACAUCACUAUACAUAAACACUGCUCCCCCAUAUCUGAAAUUGAACCAGAAUGAAUCAUUACCUGUUGUGAUGACAAUUGCUGGAUCUGAUUCCAGUGGUGGAGCUGGUGUUGAAGCUGAUAUCAAAACCAUCACUUCCCAUAAGUGUUACGCCAUGACUUGCAUCACUGCUUUGACUAUUCAAACACCUACAUCAGUUUAUGGUAUUCAAGUCACACCAAAACAUGUUGUUUCGAAAAUAUUGGAUGUUAAUUUAAGAGAUAUGAGAUGCAAUGUGAUCAAAACUGGUAUGUUAACUACAGAUGCAAUCGAGGCGAUUGAAACCAAAUUGAAAGAAUAUGAUAAUGGUGAUAUUAAAUCAUCGAGACCAAUACUUGUGAUUGAUCCCGUAAUGGUUGCAACGUCAGGAUCAUUUCUAGCCUCUGGAGAUUUGAAAGAUUUGUUAAUAGAAAAGAUAACUCCCUGGGCAGACUUAUUAACCCCUAAUAUUCCUGAAUGUUUCAAACUUAUUGAUAGGGAGAUGGAUUUAAAAAACACUCAAGAUAUUUUCAAAUUAGCCAAGGAAGUCUCUAUAGUCACCAAUUGUUCUAAUAUCUUGGUUAAAGGUGGUCAUUUACCAUGGAAUGAAGAAAAGAAACAUAUUAUCGAUAUUUUAUACAUUGGAAAAGAGAACAAAUUUAUUGUAUAUGAAGGACACUACACAGAAACUAAGAAUACUCACGGAACUGGAUGUACUUUGGCUUCAUCUAUUGCAUCGAAUUUAGCUCUAGGGUAUUCAUUAACUCAUGCUGUAUAUGGUGCAAUUGAAUACGUUCAAAAUGCUGUAAGUAUCGGUUGUUAUGUUACAUCAGAAAUUGUCAAGGAGAAUGGUCCAAUUAACCAUGUUUAUGCUAUUGAAGUACCACUUGAAAAAAUGAUGAAAGAUGAAUGUUUUAGUGCUCAAGAAUUGAUCCCUAAACCAACAAGUAGCACAUUUUCAGCCAGUGAAGAUUUCUUUACCUAUCUUAUUAACCAUCCAAAGGUCAAACCACAUUGGGAAUCGUACAUUAAUCAUGACUUUGUAAAACAAAUUGCUCAAGGAACAGUUGACAGUAAAAAAUUCAAGUUUUUCCUUGAACAAGAUUAUUCAUAUUUAGUAGAUUACGCUAGAAUUCAUUGUAUUGCUGGCAGUAAAGCACCAACCUUAGAAGAUAUUGAGAAAGCAUUAUCAAUUGUAGGAAGUGUUAAACAAGAAAUGGAAAACCAUGAAAAGAAAUUAAAAGAAGCUUUUGGAGUCACUGGAGAAAAGUACUUAGAGGGAAUAAAGAAGGGACCUGCUUUAAAAGCCUAUUCAAGAUAUUUCUAUGAUGUUUCUAAGAGGGGUAGUUGGGAGGAACUAGUUACUUCCUUAAAUCCUUGUUUAAUGGGUUAUGGCUAUGCUUUAAUACAACAAGAAAAAUAUAUUGUGAAAAACGAAGGAAGUAUAUACUAUGAUUGGUGUCAAACUUAUAGUUCUAAAUGGUAUCGUGAGCAUGUGGAAGAGGGUAGAAGUUUACUGAAUAAAAUUGGUUCCAAGUGCCCACCAUCUGACAUAGACAAACUUGUCAACAUUUAUGCAGAUGUCUGUGAGUUAGAGACUAAAUUUUGGGAUGCAGCUUUAAAUUAUGAAGAGUAA